GACCGCCUCCGCGGGGUGGAAUGGGCGCCGCUCCUGAGCACCCUCUGCCCCUGAUCUGUAUCCAGAGUUUCUUCCAGCCACGGCUUGGCGAGACAGGUUGUGACAGAAAUAAAGUUUACAGAAGUCGUGUUCCUGCGAUAAGAAAUAAAGAUGUGACCUUGCAGUUGUGUAAAGCUCUUAAAAGCUGUGUAAGUGUGUCGGGCGCGCUAAGGAACCUGGAGCUAAAUGGGCUAGUUCUUAGAGAGAGCGACUUAACUAUGUUAACAAAGGGAUUGAAUAAAUCGGCCACUUUGGUGCACCUGUGUCUUGCGAAUUGUCCACUUGGAGACGGAGGUUUAGAAAUUAUUUGUCAAGGCGUAAAGAACUCUACCACUCUUAAGACAGUAAACUUCACGGGGUGUAAUCUGACAUGGCAGGGAGCAGAUCACAUGGCCAAGAUCUUAAAGUAUCAGACUACCAGAAGGCAUGAAGAAACCUGGGCUGAGAGUCUUCGUUCCAGGAGACCUGAUCUUGACUGUAUGGCUGGUUUGAGGCGCAUCACUCUGAACUGCAACACGCUCAUUGGUGACCUGGGUACAAGUGCUUUUGCAGAAUCUCUUAGUGAGGAUUUGUGGCUUGGAGCACUUGACCUGCAGCAGUGUGGCCUCACCAGUGAAGGAGCAAAGGCUUUACUAAAGGCCCUUGAAAGCAACAGAACUCUGGUUGUUUUGGAUAUAAGAAAAAAUCCACUUGUUGAUCAUUCUGUGACGAAAGCAUUUAUCAAAAAAGUUCUCCAUGGAAGGAGUGCCAAGUCAGAGUACCAGUGGAUAACUUCUCCAUCGGUGAAGGAACCAUCCAAAACUGCUAGACAGAAAAAGAGAACUAUAAUUAUAGGAAGUAGUCGAAAAGGAAAAGAUACUAUUAGAAUUAGCUUGGCCGCAAAGAAACCUGUAAGUAAUGGAAGGAAACACUCUGCUGGUAAAGAAUGUUAUGCUCCUGAACCUCUACCACCUGGUGUGUCUGGUUUCCUGCCGUGGCGUACUGGACGUGCAAAAAGGAACAGGGGCUUUCCAUUCAUCAAAGUUCGUGAUGUAUAUAAUAAGUUGCAGGUAUGUCCAUCAGAAUUUCCUGUGACUGUGAGAGUAGAGAGUCCUUCCUCCUCAGAAAUCGAAGAGGUCGAAGAUUCCUCAGAAAGUGUUCAGGAAGAGCCAGAGAAAAUCAGUUUGAAACAAGAAGCAUUGCAGGAAAAACUGGAGGAGUGCCUAAAGCAGUUAAAGGAGAAAAGAGUAAUAAGACUGAAGGCUGAUAAACGAGUCAGUGAGCUGGAACAUGAAAAUGCCCAGUUAAGAAAUAUAAAUUUCUCUUUGUCUGAAGCCCUUCAUGCCCACUCAUUGACAAGCAUGAUCCUGGAUGAUGAAGGUGUUCUGGGCAGCACUGAGAAUUCUUUUCAGAAGUUCCAUGCUUCCUUGGAUCUCCUUAAAGGUGCCAGGCUUGGUCAGCUGGCCACAAUGGCUGGUAUAGAUCAGUCAUAUUUUCAUUUACUAGGUCAUCCCCAGAUGAAUUCUACUGUUAGUAGUCCACCUGAGGAAGAAAAGAAGGCACUUGAAGAAAAAAAAUCAGAAUCAAAGCAGGGUGCCCCAGGACAAAUGCAAAAUAUCCAUGUCCCAGUCUCUACUCAGGAGGCCUUAGAAACUUCCAAAGACAACCUGGGGGUCCCAGUCACAGAGCAGUGGCAGGAGUCUUUUGAAGAUUUCAUUGCUAGAACAUGUUCUCCUUCAGCAGAUGUCAUUUCUGGAACUGGAAGUCAAAGAAAAGAAGAGGAAUUAUCUAGAAAUAGCAGGUCUUCUUCAGAGAAAAUGAGCAAAGCAGGUGAAUAUACCAAAAAAUACUCUGCUAAGAAACAACCUGGGGAGGACAUGCAUCCCUGCUCUGACUCACCUGUAAAGCAGAAAAGCAAAGGAAUUGGGCAAAAUAAUUCUUUGGUUAAUAAACCAAUUAAAAGUGAGUCUUCGAAAAAACACAUUUCUGUUAAAGAGAGUAGAAUAGUGACUGUUUCAUCAAAGACAACUAAAAGUAAACUCAGUCUACUAGAACAUUCUGAAAGUGAUACUCUUGGAUCUGAUUGUGAAUUUUAAGAAAGCAUCCAUACUGUAUCACACCUAACAUAG